AAAAUCAUUUUAUCUCGGAAGUCCCCAUCUCCAAAAAAUCUCUCUCUGCCUUUUUCUUUCUUUUUUUUUUUUCGAUUUGAACUCUUUAAGUUUUGGCUGUAAUCCCAAAUCCCAAGUUCCUAAUUUCUUAAACAGAGAGUCACUGUUCUUAUUUCGGCUGCGCGUGUUCAAAUUCUCACAAUCCCAAAUCCCCCAUAUAUUACCCAAAACUUGUUGGCUCCUCCUUAAAUUCCUCGAAUCAAAAUCAAAAUCCUCUGUUUUGUUUUUCGCCCCAUUUUCCAGUUACCCACUGCGGAUUUUGUUGCAUGUGCUCGUUCAAGGUGGCGAACCAAGCUGGCGGCGGUGAUGGCGACGGCGGAGACGGCGGCGACCACCACAGAUUACUGCACGGUCAAAAUGAUGACGACUAUUAUUCCGGCGGAUCAUAUGUCGGAAAAUUUGGAGAGGUUUCGGCUAUGGUGUCGGCAUUAACUGAUGUUGUCUCCGGGCAGGGGGCCGCCGACUGGGGAUACGGCGGCGGGCAGGGUUUUCCGGUGGGUUUUGUUUCGUCUUCGUCUUCGUCGUCCUCGGCAUCGGCGUCGGCUUCGUCUCCUCUGUCUGCCUAUUCUUCGAGCUCAGAAGCGAGCUAUGUCUCAGCUCUGAGUUCUUGUUCUGGUUAUUGGGCUGGCCAAAAACGAAUGCGUGAUCAUGAAGAAAUUGGCCAAACCCAAUCUGAUUUUGAAUCCUUUUCCAGGGUUUAUAGAGGUUUUGUUGAUGAUCAUUUUGCUGAAUCUCAAGGACAAUCUUCCUCCGGAGUGAAAGAAGAAGUUCAAAUGCCGUACACGGCGGCUUCAAUUCCAGCCGCCGCCGCCGUUGUGGCGUCGCCGAUGAGCUCAAACGAAGCGAAUUUAGCUGCCGGUGAGAGAAGACGGAGAUACAGAGGGGUGAGGCAGCGGCCGUGGGGGAAAUGGGCGGCGGAGAUUCGCGAUCCCCACAAGGCGGCGAGAGUGUGGCUCGGCACUUUCGACACGGCGGAAGCCGCCGCCAGAGCCUACGACGAAGCCGCCCUCAGAUUCAGAGGAAACAGAGCAAAACUUAAUUUCCCUGAAAAUGUCAGAUUAAUUCCUCCCCAACACCACAUUCCGGCCACCGCCUCCUCCGUUUUUCCCGGCUCCUCCGCCUCCCAUUUUGCUCCGCCGCUGCCGCCGCCGUCGUUUCAGCCCCAGUUGUCCCCGUUUCAAACCCAACAUUUCAGGGAUUACCUUGAAUAUUCCAAUUUGAUUCAAAGCUCCGGAGAAGUCCUUGGACAGCCUUCGAGUUUACUACAGCAAAUGUUUUAUAAUGCGCAGUUGGCUCCAUUUCAAUCGCCACAGCUAGCGCCGUCGCCGUCGCCGUCGCCGUCGCCCUCAGUUUCGAAUUCUGUUUUUUUGGCUCCGCCGCAUCAGCAGCAGCAAAUGGGGUUUUUCCGGCCGCCGCAAAAUCAAAGCCAGGGCGACUCCGAUUACUUUCCGGCUAUUUCGUGGAAGGAUUCCGGCGGACAGGAUCCUCCUUCGUCGUCCGGUUGAUCAUACAAUUUUUUCCCCUUUUCAUAAGUAAAAAUCUAAAAACGAAAAAAACAUUUUAAUUUUUUUAUUCCCAAGAGUUAAUCCAUUUUUUAUUUUUUAGAUAAUCGAUUUUUGUUUUCUUUAUAUUCCGAGUCUUGCAUGUAUUUUUUCUCACUUGUCCUAUAAAUUGAACACUUCUUCCCUCCAAGAUAAAGCAUUUCAUUUUUUGCAUUC